CCAUCGAACACAUGGCGAAUGUAUCGCAGGAAAGAAGGCACUCCAGGGAUCUUGGGACUUGGUGUGGUGCUCAUCCAUUGCUGCAGACCAAGGAUCUUGUGGGUGCUCUGGAUCCACUUGGUCGCCUGGGUGGUGCCAGUUCGAUGCUGGUACUCCUUGUUGGAGAACGACACGAUCUUCUCGUUGGCGCGCUGUGCCUUGGUCACCUUGACACCGUCUUGCUCCUGGAUGGAUGGUUGACCGGGUGCCCGAAUGACAGCGGUGAAGAUCGAUCCCACACCAGGGUCGAUCCCGAUCCAUGUGGUCCGAGAGUCGUCAAUGGGACCGACCCUGCUCUGGAUCUUCUUCUCGAGAGUGAGCUUGGGUGUCUUGUCGUCCUUGUCUGUGGAUUCUGGCUUGGCAUCAGGGUCCUGCUUCUCCAGGAUCCUGUAUCUGAGUGUGGUGAUUGAACACCCGACUCCAUCGGUGGUGAUCUUGCAACCAAAGAGCUGCUUCCCCUCCUUCCUGGCACCAAAGAGUCUCGGAUCCAGCUUGAAGUUGGUCUGCCAGAAGGUCUCUUGCUUUGUGGUGUCAUUGACCUUGGUCUUCAGGUCGUCCCACUUGAGUCCAGUGCCAGUCUGGUAUCCAAGGAUCUCCCAUAGUGCUGUGGUGUCGAGCUUGACAUACUUUGCUCUGGCAUCGCAGAGCGGGACCAAGGUGCACUGUGCUCGAGGGAUGUUGUGUCGCUUCUUGGUCUGGGCAAGCCGGUCGGCCAGUCGCUUGAUUCGCUUCGUGUUGACGGUGACCUGCUUGCACACCUCCUCGUGCUGGGUCUGGAACCACCAUGAAGAGGGCCUCCUUCAGGUGGGUCAGGCGAGAGACCUCACUGGCCAGAAUUGGUACGACUUUGUACAGGUCCUGGUGGCUUUCGUACCGAAACUCAUACAACUGGUCGGCAUGGUGGGCGAAGGAUUUUCUCAGAUCACCGAGGAGUGUCUUGGAGAGGGGAUUCUCCAUCAGCUUCAUACACUCAUCGACGUGUGUAUGACGUUUCACAUCCUUGGGAGCAACCAGGACCAAAUUGCAGUAUCGGCGUAG